AUGGAAAAAUCAUUAUUUUCUUGUGUCUUUAGAAAUGUAGUAUUGAAUCAAUUAAUAUUUGAAAAGGUUAAUGAAGUAACUAGAACGAUUGAUCACAAUAGUCAAAGAAUUUAUUAUAGUUGGAAUGAAAUUAUUACGAGACCUUAUGUUUUGGCGGCUCAUGGAUAUUCAAAAGAGUUUAAGGCGUGUCUUGACGUGAUGCGCUUUGAACUACAGAGAUCACAUCUCUCGUUGUUCUUUGGUGUUAUCAAAGGUGGUAACGUAGAGAUGAUGCAGCACUUGUUGGAUCACUACAAAGUAGAUCAGCUUCUCAAAGAGGAAUUGCAAUCGACUGCCAAUCGGAAACCAUCGGAAGUACAAAUGACGCUGAACGACGUAAUGGAGCAUGCAACAAAGAAAGGUAGAAUGGAUAUUGUUAAUUGCCUCUUUGAGAGAUUCACAACAGCCGAAUUUACAUCUAUGCAUUGGGAUUACCGUAAGAUGCUCUCGGUUGCACCGUUGUCCGGUGACCUGGAGGUGGUUAAAUUCUUUUCACGCAAAGUCGAUGAAGAUCCAACUGCACGACCAGAAAUCAAUACUUUUAAUAAUUGCUUCAAUAAUGCCGCGAGAAUCGGUAGAAUCGAUUUGAUUCAGUGGUUGGCAGAGAAUCGUUCGAGUGAGCUGACGAAAUCCGAUAUGAUGAAAUAUGCAAUCUCUGGAAGUCAUUUAGAUACCGUUGUUUACCUGUGGACGAAACACAAAUUACUGCAACGUCCGAGAAACGAUGCCUACAUGCGAUUGAUUCGCUUCGGCAAUGAGAAAGCAUUGGAAAUCUUCAAGCUUCUCAAUGACAAUGACUACCAAUAUCCACCGAGCCUCGUGGAGAUGGUCGCUAGAAGUGGCAAUGUCGAGGUGAUGAAACUGAUUGACAAUGAAUCCAAAAAAUCAGAUACCAGAGUAAGAUUCGAAAAAACACAUAUGGAUGUUGCUGCGGAACACAAUCACUUUGGGAUGAUGCGAUGGUUACACGAGAAUCGAAGUGAAGGCUGUACGACAAAGGCAUUCGAUGAGUGUGCAAAACGUGGAUACAUCGACGCUCUGAAAUGGCUGUAUGUUAACCGUACGGAACGAUGUUCACGUAACAUUGUUAAUGAAGUUGCAUCGAAUGGCCAUAUUGAAGUACUUCUUUGGUUGGAUAGUGAGGAACCAAUGAUGGCGACGACAACGACAACAACUCAUGUAGUAGAGCAACCGCAAUCAGAUCAAUAUUUUCAAUUCGAUAAUAAUAUCCUAGAUACUGUAGUGAAAGCUGGACAUCUGGAUGUUGUUAAAUUCAUGCACGAGAGAAACAACGGUAAGAAUAACCGAUUCCAUUUCUCAGAGGAGACAAUGGAUUGUGCUGCCGAGAAAGAGGAUUUUAAUAUGAUGCGGUGGUUACAAGAGAAUCGAACCGAAGGCUGUACUUAUAUGUCAUUGCUUCAGUGUAUUUAUCAUCUACGAUUGGACAUGGUCGAAUGGGUCUACGAAAAGUAUCCGAAAUCGCUGAACAUCGAUGGUAUUAGCGAGCAAUUAGAUAGACACCUGGAAUAUCUUUUCGAGAGAGAUGACCGAGAUAUUUUGAAAUGGCUCAUAGAACAUAUUCAAUUGCCACCGGAUGAACUUCUUAAAUACCAAACCAAGAUGGCAAAGGAGUUUCCGAAAUCAACAAAAAGCAAUACCUAUUUAGUUGAUCAUAUUCAAGAGACCAUCCUUUCGAAAUCCACAAAGAGAAAGCAUGAAGAGAAUGAAAAUGAUGAUAGUUGUAAACCAUUAACAAAAUCAAUUAAAGAAUAA